UCUCUCUCUGUUUCCUGGCCAGCUGCUGACUCGCGAUGCUUGUUUUUGGCUUGUCUGGCUUUGAUGAUUUUUCAUUUCCCAUUUUCCAUUUUCCAUGCACCAGCACCAGCACCAGCACCAGCACUUCUAAUUUCUAUUUUUAUUUAUUCUUUUUUUGUGUUAUCUUCUAGCGCGCUUUUGUUUCCUUUUUUCCCACACACCUCUUAUUAGUUAGUUAGUUAGUUACCUCUUCCCUUUUUUUCCCUCUUGAAGUAGUUAACUAACUAACAUACAGAUGGAUAUAUUCUGUUGAAAUCCUUCUUUCUUGUCUUUUCACUCACCACAAGUUUGCGCUUCGACAACGUUCGAACAUCUGAGGAAAAAUACACACACAAUACACACACAUACACACUCUCUCUCUAUAUACUAUUUUCAACCCAGCAGCAACCUCGCCGCAGUGGCGAACGAAGGUGGUCCCGUCCAUGAGAGCUGUGUGUUUGCUCUCUCUCCCUCUCUGCAUAAACAAAGGCAUUGAUUGAUUGACUCUUGUCUCUGUCUCUGUCUCUGUCUCUGUCUCUGUCUCUGUCUCUGUGCUUGUGCUUUCUGUUUGCCGAACUGCCACAGCUAUGGGUAAGGAACGACAAUGGGACGACGGCAGCCAUCAGAACAGGCCUACGGAGACAAAGAAUUAUUAUGCAGGGCAGCAGCAGCAGGAGCAGGAGCAGAUAAGUGCAGCACUGCAUGCAGAGAUGUGCUACUCCCCGCCUAUGGCUGCGAGGGGUCGCGGGGAUGAUGAGCAGAAUGAUCAACACCAUCAUUAUUAUUCAACUCCCUCUCACCGCUAUGUUGAACGGCAUCUCGGAACUGGCCGUGCAGCUACUAGUCCGGAUGCUACCAAUGGUUCUGCAGGGCGAAACUCAUCUGCAAAGCGCAAACUAGUCAGCGCAAAUAAUGACACCAGUCUCGUGUUUAACUACGACUACGACUACGACUACGAUCAUGAUGAUACCCCAAAGGGCCCGUUGCAUGCUAUCGAAAACGAUGCUACUACCAACACUCUAGAAGUUCCUGCACCCCAGUAUGGAAAUGGGAAUGGGAAUGGGAACGGCAACGGCACUUCUAAAUCGUCGCCAAAGCGUAUGCGCUCGAAUGAAUGGUUGUUGAAGAGUAGAGAAGUCAACGUGAGUCCCAGCCAGAUCCCUGGUAGCGGGAAGAAGGAUUCGACGAACUCGCGCCUGCGCUCGAGGCGGAGACAGUCUCAGGGCAAGUCGCAGAAUGGUUAUCGCUCCGUCUCUGCUUCUGCUUCUGUUUCUGCUUCUGCCACUGAGUCUGCUUCUGCCACUGCGGAGGGAGAGCGCAGAUCUCGAUUCCUCGAGGGCAGUAUGAAUGAUCGCGUCAGUGAAAAGCCGCCCAGCAAUUACAUUGGAGAGGAUGUAGAUGAUGCCAUUGGCCGAUACAUGACUGGUGACGAUGAAGAGUGCACUGGAGGGAGCAUUAGUACGUCCGGCAGCCGCCCGGUAUAUGGCCAUUCGUAUACAUCAUCAACUGCAACUACAACUUCAAUGAGCUCUGUGGCCACGGAUACAACAAGUGCGAAACAAUCUGGACUCCUCAGAUUCGGACAAGCUAUUGCCUCGGCAUUUAACCCCUUUGGCGUGUGGAAUAAUGUUUCAGAGAUCUGGAAUGGGCCGCAGGACGUGACGAAGGCCCCCACUCCAUCGGUGUCGACUGGUCCCAAAACGCACAAGGAAAUCCUUGCAGAACGCCAGGUACAGGCCGAGAAAGCGUAUGCAGAACUUAAGGCUGCUGGGUACCAAGGCACCGUGAAAAGCACCUCGGCAAGUUACAGGGGACAUCCAAGCCAGGAAAAGGGCAGCGUCAAGAAAUCAAAACAUCCGUUCUUCGCCGCCCGAACGCCUCAGCAACAGCAUAAACAUAAACCCGUUCGCUCCAUUUCUUCUACUUUCAGCAAGGAUAACCUCCUCAGCCCGUCGAAAUCGGCGAUUCGCGCUUCGUUUCAGGAUUUGCGUAAAGCUGCGUCAUAUAUCAAUCUCCCGUUAACCCCGAAGCGUGGAGAUUCCAUCGAUAAGGAAAAUAAUGCUAUUAUCAAUGAUGAUGGCGAGGAUGAGAGCUCUAAACAUGUUCGAAAACAGGUGUCUCGCAGGCAUCUGGAGAAGCAGCGGAAGUUGAGGAAGAAGGUUAGUAAUUUGGAAAGUCAGCUGGAGCGGGCGAAGAGGCAGUUGAGUAUGGUGUCGGGAGAACUAGUCGAUAUUGGCGACGAGAGCAAGAAUGGGAGUAGAAGUGCAAGUGCAAUGUCAAGCGCGAAUGGCAGUGCGAGCAUGAAUGUAACUGAGGACGAUGGAGAACUCGAUUCUGCGCCGCCCAUACCUCCCCCACAUCGCGAGGGGAUCAAAGUUGGACAGAGGAAGAAAUUUGUCCCCGGCGUGUUGCCCUCACUACCCUCCGAGCGGAUAUUGCUUGGUCAGAUGGCGGAUAAGCCGACGAAUAGGACGUUGUUUACCGGCGCAACACCACUAGGCCCUCGGGCUCUAGAUGCAGAGGAUAGAAAUAAAAGUAUGUCGCCUCAUAGACUCAGGAAAACGAGGAAAGGGAGGAUCGUAGCGCCUGCGACAAGCUCGCGACACACGAGCAAUUCGACACUGGCAUCGGACAUCCACGGGAAGGAACAUUGCGAUAACGGCGCGGUUUCAUAUCCAGAAGAAGAAGGAGAGGAAGAACGAGGAGAAGAGCAUACAAGGCCCCUCGAGUCCUCGUCAGUCUCGAAACGGAACCCAGCAACUCGAAAACACAGACUCCAGAAAUCCGCGCCAUCGUCCUCUUUCCCUUCCUCUUCGCACAUGGAAAAUACCCCUUCCCCUUCCGCCGCUUCCGCCGCUCGCUAUAACAGCAAUAACCAACCCAAUCCCAACCCUGCCAACCCAAAACCCACAACCCCCCGCCGCCGCCGCUCCUCGACGACUUUCCCAACCAAGAACCCUACUCCUACCCCUACCUACAACACCUACAACAGCACCACCACCACCACCACAGACACAGACACAGACACAGACACACCUACAAGCACACAGCGCACCACAACCAACGCUCCCCCUCCCAAAUACCAAUCACGCCGCACCGGCAACAGCCCGCGACACGACCACGACCGUAGUCAUCAAAAUGACACCGAUUCCGCCGAUGCCCAUGCCCAUGCCCAUGCCCAUGCCGACGACAUCCCACCCGUCCCGCCGCUGCCGCACAAUAUCGUGCUUGGCGCGAGUGCGCGACGGCGGCUGGAGAUGCAGAGGGAGAAAAUGGGGGGCCAGUUGGGGCGUGGGCAGGUAAAGCAGCACCAGCAGGAAUUUGACUGGCCGGAGGACUUUUUGUGAAUGGUCGGCUGUUUCUUCUUUUCUUUUCUUUUUCUUGUUUGCUCGUGGUGUGGUGGAGGAUGGGUGUCGCUGGGUUUCCUUUUAGGGGAGCGUUUUCUCACUUCUGUCUUUUUUUUGUAUGGAUGGCUCCUUGUGUGAGUUUUGUGGGAUUGAUUGCUUUAUUUUGCAUUUUAAAAUAAAUGUGUUAGUUAGUAAAUCUUGUCAUCUUUCGGGGGGUUGUUUAUAAGGAAGGGUGGUGAGGGAGAUAGAUAGAUGUUCUCUGAUUGAAUUUUUUUUUUUAUAUUUUAUAUUUUAUAUUUUUUCCCCCCUUGUUUUGGGGCAGUGGGACAAACAUGUAUGUAUGGUCUGGGAGCUGGCGCAAUUUUGAUGUUGAUUGGAUUCGGGGGGGGGCCAUAUAGUAUAGGUAUUUGGAGGAUGCGAACAUGUCAGUUUGUUCACCUUUUAGUUUCCUCUUGUCUUGUCUGGUGGUUUUUUCCCAGCCCGUCCGAGUUUCCUUACUCUUCUCAUUGCCCGGAUAGUGUUUUGAGUUUUGGUGUUGAGAAUUGGACUUUGUUGAUUCCAGCGAUCCAUUUAUCACGAGUGGGUUGGUUGGUUUGUGAAUGAAUACUGGUUUAAAUGAUUUUGAAUUUUUUUGUUUGUUUUCACAUUCUUUUUGUUCUGUCAUAUGAAAAAAAAAAAAAAAAAAUGAUCAAAAGAGUGAUUGGGUAAGUGACUGCUGAAUUUUUAUUAAACUGAAUUAAGAAUGCUGAGCCAUCCCAUCCCACCCCCUAAAAAGGGCCGGCCCAUGUUCAUCUACAUACUGUACUAAUCAGAUGUUUUGAUGCAAAAUAUCGUUGAGAGGUCAAGCAGCCCUCUCCAAGAUACUCCACGCCGCUGGGCCAUUCAAAACUGACUCGAUAGGAGAACAGAGAAUCAUCAGAGAUAGAAUAAACCACCCACCCAACCCUGCACGAGAAGUAACAAUAUGGACAAGACAACCCAUCAACCCCAUCAAAAUAGUUCAAAGACUGAAAAAAAGAAAAUGUUAAAACAAGCCAGGAAGCAAAUCACAGAUACCAUCGGAAAUCCUCCGAAGCCGGACCAUCUCUCAACUUCUUCGUCGACACAUCCCGCGCCUUGAUGCUGAAGCCCUGCCGGCGGUCGCGGCGCUUAUUAUCCCACAACAUGUAAAAGCCCAGGCAGGCCACGAUGAGCGCGCCCGCGGCGCCAAAGGACGCGGUCGUGAUCAGCGCAGGCUCGUACUUGGGCUUGUCCUUUUCCCGGAAGAUGUUGCUGCUGACGAUGCCCAUGACGUUGGCGAGCGGGAUUCCGACGGAGGUAAGCAUCAUGCGGCGGCCCUCGUGCGCGAUGUUGUUGUUGUACCAUGUACUCAGCAGCACGGAGGGGGCAGAGGUACCCCACGUCAUCAUGAAGCAGGCGAAAUAGGCCACCUGGAUCUGGGCCUGGACGUCGUCGAUGGCAGCGUAGAUGAUGAAGCCGGUGAAGGUGAGGACGAAGCCGAGGACGAUGAAGGGGAAGCGGAUGCGGGCGAAGUCGGACGAGAAGGCGAGGACGAGAAGCAUCACGGCGCCGGUGCAGUUGGGGGCGACGGUGUACAGGUUCGUUUUCACGGUGGAGUAGCCCAGGCGCUGGAUAAUUUGGGGCAUGAAGAGGGCGACGGAUUGGAUGGGGAUACCCAGGCAGAUCUCGACGGCAAGGAAGGCAUAUGAGAUCGGCUGCUUGAAGAUGCGGACUGCUUCGCGGAAGCUGAAUUUCUCGUCGACGACGGAACUGGAAUCGACCUGGAUGCGGUGGAAGGCCAGGGCUUUUUCCUGCUCGUUGAGGAACUUCGCUUUGGCAGCGCUCAGGGGCAGGUACCAGUAUGCGAAGACUGCAAAGAUAACACUGGCGGCUCCUUCGAUGAGGAAGAGAUAGCGCCAGCCCUCCAGGGAGGUAUUUUCGAUUCUGAAGACGGCGAAGGAGAGCAGGCCCGAGAAGGCGUUGGCGAUGUUGGACGCCGCAUAGAAGAGCGCGAGACGACGCGCGAGCUCACCACGUCGGUAGAAAGUCGUCAAAUAGUAGAUCACCAGUGGGAAGAAGCCAGAUUCUGCCAUCCCAAGGAACCAGCGCAGGGCGAACAUGCCGCUGAAGUUCUUAGCGGUGGCGGAGAGAAGAGUCAUUAAGCCGAAAGUGAACAUAAGAAUGGGUAAAACGCGGGCAGGGUUGAACUUUUUGCCCAGCAUAGCAACUGGUGGAGCGAAGAUCACAUAAGGGACAAAGAAAAUGGAGAGCAGAAGGUUGUAUUGGCCCUCCUUGAAGUUGAGAUCUAUUUUCCUCUAGCCGUUAGUUUCUGAUUUUGUGUUUCAACGGAACCGACAGAGCGGCGGAUAAUGGGAUUUUUUUUGCCCCUUACCUGUGCUCAAACCAUCGGUCUGGGCAUUGCCCAAGUUGCCUUUAUCUAGCGCAUUGAAUAGAUCUAAUCAAAUAUGGUCAGCUCGACAGUGUUCGCGGAUGCCAUUGCGCUCUGGGGUGAAUUCUUUUCUUUUCUUUUCUUUUUUCUUUUCGUUUUCACUUACACAUGAUAGCCAAAACAGGCAUCAGGCGGACAUCAAACUUCCUGCAUAGAGCUCGCUCUGCCUUGUGGUCCGUGAUGACCGCAGUGGUCUCAUCGUAUUUCCCGUCACCCUGGGAUGAGUUCCUCUCUAGCUGGCCCGCGGACUCGUAAGCCAGCUCAUCUUUGGAAAUGUCAUCGACCGCAGUCUUGUGGUCGACUGCUGCUGGUUUAUCCAAAGUCAUGUCGGAUUGAUGCCGGAUAGGGUUUUUGUAAUGGCAGAUAAAAGGACGAGUGAGUCUCUUUUGAAUAAUAUAAUAAACCUGUACCGGUGGUUCGGUAGCUAGGUAAUUAUUUGCUGAAGGGGGACUGAAAGACAAAGGAUGUAGGGGGGAGGGGAGGUGGGGGAGUUGAUGGCCAGGGAUCAAUGCCUCUGCUUCGCAAAGAUAUAGAGCAAGGUUGUUACUCUGAAAGGCCACGAGGAUUGAGAAAAAAGGGAGGAGAGCUGGGGGGAUUUAUAUAUACGCGACAGAUGAUUAUUUCGCCCUAGCUUACGAUCUUCCAAGCUUCCUAUUCACGGGGAAUUAGGUCGAGGAGAGAGAAAGAUACACCCUUUUUCCCAGGCUACUAUCCAAUGGUGUUGGACAGACACACGAGGAGAUUCGCAGCGUAAGCGAAUAAGUCUCUCUCCCUUCCGCUCUAGCUGCUGGGUGAUAACGAGGUGGAUGAGCGGAAACUCUCUCUCCUUUCCCUUCCUCAGUCAGAUAUUGUUGAUCAGAAAUCCUGAAGGCUGAAAGCUAGCUGAGAUAGAGCUAUGACGGCGGGCGUGGGGGUUAGUUAGCUGUGCGCUUCGAGGCCCGUCAAACGCCCAGGUUGCCACAUGUAUCAUAUCAUGUACGGAGUAUGCAGCCCACCUUUCGUAGUCCCGUCCCGUCCAAACCUGAGAAGAGGCAGAUGUUGGGGGUCCAUUUUCCCUCCCUUUCCCCCCAGCCGAGAGUAUCGCUGGCAGGCGGUCAAUUUACUUUCCCCCUGGAGUGGUACCGUUUGCGGGGGAGAAGAGCUAUUCGGCGAACAGAUUCCCUCAAACAAGAUACCAGCGAAGUCAAUGUCCUCGGCUAAUGGUUUGAUUGGUACACCCAGACAAGCGGGGCGCUUCUAGCGGUUUUCUGCGACGGCGGGAAACGUAGACCAGGAUCCAACUCCGCAUUUUGGAGGCCAGACAGCUGGGGGCGCCCUAGCUAGCGCUGGUGUGGGGAGAACACGCGGUGGUGGUGUUGGUGGUGGUGGUGGAAGUUGAAUCUUCCUUCUUCCCUUCCCUGGCGGCCAAGAACGCUCGGCAGCAGAGAAUGAAACGAGGUGGCCCAACAUCAUCAAGUAACCUUACGGGAAAAACGCCAGAAAAAAAGUACUCCGUCCGUCGAGUUUUACCUCCUCCACGACAAUCUCCUGCUGCUGAGAAAUCUUGAGCCUUGUCUCCAGUGAUCCGAGCUUGCUUAGUGCUUCGUGGGGUGCUGCUUGGGGGUUGGAAAGCCUUAAUUUUUAUACUCCGCCGUAUACUCGAGAUAGAAAUGGACAAAGG